AUGUAUCCCAUGGUCUGCCCCACAGCCUUGAGGCCUCUGCUGGUACUGCUCUUAGCCAUCCCGGGGGCGUACCUUGGCAAGUGUCCAAAGGAGUGCACUUGUGACCAAAUCUCACUCACUGUUACCUGUGUCAACAAAAACCUGACAGAGGUGCCUCCCACAAUCAAUGAGGUAAGCCUAAACCCCAUGUGACUGACUCAAUGAAAUUCUGGAUUUUAUGAAGUAAGUCUAAAGAUUACAAUUCAAGGGGCAACCUGUUUGAAUAGAGCAGGGUUUCCCAAACUCGGUCCUGGGCCCCCCCCCUGGGUGCACUAUUUGUUUUUGCCCUAACACUACACAGCUGAUUCAAAUAAUGCUUGAUGAUGAGUUGGUUAUUUGAAUCAGCUGUGUAGUGCUAGGGCAAAAAACAAAAUGUGCACCCAGGGGUGGCCCCAGGACCGAGUUUGUGAAACCCUGGAAUACAGGUUGAAUAAGAAAAUCAUAUAUAUUAAACAAAUCUCAAUCCUUAUCAAUUGAUUCCCCAUCAGAUCACAGUGAAGCUGGAUCUGAGAGGCAACUACAUCCAGGAGCUGCCAUCAGGUGCGUUCAAACACACGCCGUACCUGACACACCUGUCCAUGCAGCGCUGCAAUCUCCGCACCGUGAAAGAGGGGGCGUUCCGUGCUCUGGGCCGCCUCGUCUUCCUCAACCUGGCCAACAACAACAUCGAGAUCCUCUAUCAGGUGAGAGAGAUUGACAUAGUGUUAUAUGUGACUGUUUCUUUGCUGUGGUUUGACUAUGUUUCUGGGGGAACUUGGUGUUGAAAAUGAAAAGCUCCACACUCUCUUUCUUCAUCUCAUUUUCCCUUUAUCUCUCUCUCUCUCAGCAGCUGCUCUCUCUCUGUCUUCCUUUCAUUCCUGGGCCGCCACUCUCUCCCCUCCCUCUCAUUCACCCUCCCCCCCUUCCUCUCACUCUCUCUCCUCGCCCAUCUCCAGGAGUCGUUCGACGGUCUCUCCUCGCUGAAGCAGCUGCUGAUUGACCGUAACCGUGUGGAGGAGAUCCAGCCAGGGGCCUUCUCUCAGCUGGGCUUCCUCAACCUGCUCUCCCUCACCCACAACCAGCUCACCUACAUCCCGAACAUGGCCUUCCAGGGCCUGCAGAACAUCAAGUGGCUGCGCCUUAGCCACAACUCCCUUAACUACAUGGCCACUGAGGCCUUCGCAGGCCUCUUCACCCUCACGCGCCUCAGCCUCGACCACAACGAGCUGCAGUUCUUCCCUACUGAGACUAUGACCAGGUAUGAUGGUUGUGUUAUCACUUCCCUGACAUACGCCACCCUUUUUCCAGGCACCAUAAAGGCCUAUUCUACUAACCAUUCACGUCUCUCUCUGUGUGUCGUCUGUCUGUCUGUCUGCUCUUGCUCUCUCUGUUCCCUCUCUCCAGACUCCCAGAGGUGACCCGUCUGGACCUCAGCUUCAACCCCAUGACCUUCCUGGGCGAGGAGACUGUCUCCAUGAACAAACUCACCCACCUCUUCAUGGACCACAUGUCCCUGCAGGACCUGUCCCACACGGCCGUGUCCCUGUCCCCCUCUCUCACCCACCUGGACCUCAGCCACAACCAGCUCCGCGUCCUUCAGCCCUUCACUCCAGCCUCCCCCAAGCUGGCCCGCCUCAACCUGGCUGGAAACCCCAUCUACUGCAACUGCUACCUGCUGCCACUGAGGGAGUGGGGCAUACGGAAGAAGGUGAAGCUAAUGGGGGCUUGCGGGGGACCGGCUCACUUCUCUGGGGAGAACCUGGAGGCCAUCCACCCCCGGGACCUGCGCUGCCAGAGCCAGGAGGCCAUGCUGAAGGCUGAGUUUGAGGAGCAGACCAGGGUGAUGCCGCCCCCCACCCCUGAGCCCACCAACAAGGUCAAGUGUCCCGCCAACUGUGCCUGUGAGGUGAGAGAGGGGAUGCUGAGAUUUUGAUAUGGGUUGUUAUGAUCUUGCCAUCCUAAAAUUGAUUUACCUCACCAAACCCUCUUCUAUCCAUCCCUCCUGUCCUCCCUUUUCCAUCCCUCCUCCGCUGUUCCCCUCAGGGUGAGACACACCACUCCUCCUGUGAGAACCGUGGCCACACCAAAGUACCCCGCGGCUUCUCCCCCGACACGCGCCUCCUCGACCUGCGCGGCAACCACUUUCACUACAUCCCCGCCAACAGUUUCCCGGGGGUUGUCAAGGUAGUCUCCCUCCACCUGCAGCGCUGUAAGAUUGUGGAGGUGGAGCCUGGUGCGUUCCAUGGCAUGAAGGGGCUGGUCUACCUUUACCUCUCAGAGAAUGAGCUUGACUCCCUCAGCCCCGACGCCUUCAAGGGCAUGCCUCAGCUCACCUACCUCCACUUGGAGAAUAACAAAUUCACACUCUUCCCCAAGGGGGCCUUCAAGCUGCUGCCUGGCCUGCUGACCCUUCACAUGGAGAACAACUCCAUUGCCAAGCUGGAGCCAGGGAUCCUGACUGGGGCUGAGAAGCUGAGGGGGCUCUACCUGACCUCCAACGCCAUCACUGGUGUGGCCCCCAGGGCACUUGACCCGGCCCCCGACCUCGACACUCUUCACUUGGGAGGGAACAAGCUCAAGGAGGUUCCCAGUGAUGCUUUAGCGAAGACAGGCAACCUGGGAGAGUUACGGCUGUCUGGGAAUCCCAUUCGCUGGAUUGGGCCACAUGCUUUCCAGCCAUUGGCUAGGGCACUGAAGGAUCUGUAUCUGGACGGCAUGGGAUUGGAGAAAGUGAGGGGAUAUAUUUACAUGCCAGUACAUCUGUGGUUUUCCUGUCACAAUCUCUUAUGCUCCAGUUCCUCUCCUCUCCCCUCCCCAUGACACCCCUGUGUUUUGUGGUUCUCCUGUAGAUGUCUAAGGACUCUCUGGCAGGGCUGGGUGCUGGUCUGAGGAGUCUAUACCUGGAGGGGAACCAGCUAGAGGAGGUGCCUGACUUCAACCCUCUGACCGGCCUGGAGGUCAUCAACCUGGCAGAGAACCCUCUGCUGUGUGACUGCCCCCUGCUGCCGCUACGCAUGUACGACAUUCGCACAUUAUUCUCGCUCUUGCUCCCUCUCGCUCUCUCUCUCUCAUAUACACACACUGAUACAUGCUUGCAGACUCCCCCUCUUUCUUCCUCUCUCAUGUACACACAUGCUGUAACCCACUCACCUUCACCCUCUCAUACAAACUGUAAACACACAUACAAACAUGUAUUAUUGGCCACUCAGAAAUAGACUAUACUCAACACACGACAAUGCCUUUGUUAAAGCCUAACUCUCUUUGCCUCAGGUGGAUUGAGAAGGUGAACCUGAAGGUCCGGGCCACCUGUGUCCACCCACCUGAGCUGCGAGGCCGGAGGGUCAAGGACGUCCACAUCUUCAAGGCCUGCCCUGGAGGGGAGAGCCUGUCCUCCGCCCCCCUCCCGAAGGUCUCCAAACCCCCCAAGUCCACCAAACCCAAACCUGCCCACCUCAACGCCCCCAGACAGGUCAAAGUGGUCAAAACCAAAGCUGGCAAGAUUCAGACCCCAAAGCCCGCCAUCUCCAAGAAAACCACCAAGAGAAGCAAGGUGGUUUGA